AAAUGGAGCGGGGAGGCGGGGGCUCUCUAUCUCCUCUGCGCUCUCCCAUUCAACCUCUGUAGUCAGCAGAUCGAGCAGCGCAGCAUCCACAGCAUCGCGCAGAGGAGAGGACGGAGAAGCGGCGGGCUGCGGAGAGGAAAAGAUCAAGUCACAGAUGAGGACCGGCAGAAAGAGACGAGACGCUCAGGGGGGGUGAGGAUGCAAAAUGAAAGGACCUGAGUAAACGCUGCCGCCUCUGCUCCACUGCAGUUAUACUAAAUCUGGAGCUGUCAGGGCAACCCUCAGAGCGACAGAGGAGGAGGAAAAACUGAUCUGAGGAGCUGAUCUCAUCACUCUGGACAAGCAGGGAUGGGACUCCCAAGAGCCUCUCGUCAGCAGAUCAAACUUCACACAGGAAUAGCUCCAUCAGCUCGCCAGCCGGAACCUUCAGAAGACUGACAAAUACAAGAAGAUCUGUUCCUGUACUUCCAGCCUCUACAGGAUCUCUGUGUACUGUGCUGCUCCUGUGCUCUGCCUCCCCCAGCCCCCCCAACACACCUGCCUGCUCCUGGUGGAUGUCUUCUCUGCAUGCACUCUCACUGCUCAGCAGUUGAACACACUCAUGGUCGAUGCCAAGGGAAGGAACAUGAAAUGUCUGACUUUCUUCUUAAUGCUUCCAGAGUCGGUAAAAAGCAAGUCGAGUAAAAGCUCAAAGAAAGGGAAUGCCAGCGGCAGCUCCAAGCUGCCCCCAGUCUGCUAUGAGAUAAUAACUCUGAGGAGCAAGAAGAAGAAGAAGAUGGCAGCGGACAUCUUUCCCACCAAAAAGCCAGCAUCCACCACCACGGUGCAACAGUACCAGCAGCAAAACCUCAACAACAACAACACCGUUCAGAACUGCAACUGGCAGGGGCUCUACUCAACCAUUCGAGAAAGAAACUCAGUAAUGUUCAACAAUGAACUGAUGGCGGAUGUUCAUUUUGUCGUGGGUCAGCCGGGGAGGACUCAGCGGCUGCCAGGACACAGAUACGUGUUGGCUGUGGGCAGCUCAGUGUUCCACGCCAUGUUUUAUGGGGAACUGGCUGAAAACAAAGACGAAAUCCAUAUUCCAGAUGUGGAACCGGCAGCUUUUCUGGCAAUGCUAAAGUAUAUUUACUGUGAUGAAAUCGACCUGACUGCUGACACAGUGUUGGCCACCCUGUAUGCUGCUAAGAAGUACAUUGUCCCUCACCUGGCUCGCGCCUGCGUCAACUUCCUGGAGACAAGUCUUAGUGCCAAAAAUGCCUGCGUGUUACUUUCCCAGAGCUGCCUUUUCGAGGAGCCAGAGCUGACGCAACGCUGCUGGGAGGUGAUUGAUGCCCAGGCUGAGCUGGCUUUACGUUCAGAGGGCUUCUGUGACAUUGAUGCCCAGACUCUGGAGAGCAUCCUCCAGCGAGAGACCCUCAAUGCUAAAGAGAUCGUGGUAUUUGAAGCAGCGCUUAGCUGGGCCGAAGCAGAGUGCCAAAGACAAGAGCUCACCUCCUCCACCGACAACAAGCGUAAGGUUUUGGGAAAAGCGAUGUACCUCAUACGUAUCCCAACAAUGGCGCUGGAUGAUUUUGCCAAUGGUGCAGCUCAGUCAGGCGUGUUGACACUCAAUGAGACCAAUGACGUCUUCCUGUGGUACACAGCGGCAAAGAAACCUGAGCUGCAAUUCGCUUGUCAGCCGAGGAAGGGCCUGACCCCCCAGCGCUGCCACCGAUUCCAGUCCUGUGCCUACCGGAGCAACCAGUGGCGCUAUCGGGGGCGCUGUGACAGCAUUCAGUUUGCCGUAGAUAAAAGAGUUUUCAUCGCUGGUUUCGGCUUGUACGGAUCUAGCUGCGGAUCGGCAGAGUACAGCGCCAAGAUUGAGCUGAAGCGACAGGGUGUGUUGUUGGGGAAAAACCACAGCAAAUACUUCUCUGACGGAUCCAGCAACACCUUCCCAGUGUGGUUUGAGUAUCCGGUUCAAAUUGAGCCCGAUACCUUCUACACAGCCAGUGUGGUCCUGGAUGGGAAUGAGCUGAGCUAUUUCGGACAGGAAGGGAUGACGGAGGUGCAGUGUGGUAAGGUGACAUUUCAGUUCCAGUGCUCCUCGGACAGCACCAACGGCACUGGUGUGCAGGGGGGGCAGAUUCCUGAACUCAUCUUCUACGCUUGAAAUCACCACUGUAGACUUUCUGUGUUCUUUCUUCAGACAUAUCUGCCAUAGCGCGCUGUCACUCUUAUUAUCUUUUUACAGUCUCAAAUCUGUUAAAGGCGGAUUUAAUUUCAUAUAUGGACUACUUGGAUGGGAUUAGAUGAAUUAUUUUAGGAGUUUUCCCCAAAACAAAGAUGAACUGUUUCAAAGUCUUAAAGAAUAUCUAGCACUAAAAGUGCAUGUAUGUAAAUAUCUGUACAUUUUGUAAAUGUAUUUGAAACUGCAAUGGUGGUCAUAAAUAUAUCCUAUAUAAUAAAAAAAGGCUAAUAAUGUUUAUUUUCUUUCAGUAUUUGCAAAGAUCUCAAAUACACAGCAGCAAUAUUUCACAUCCUGUAAUGAUGAGUAUUUAUAUCUGGAACAGUUGUUGGGAUUUGAAAGCAUCAGAAAAUUGAAAGCUCCGGUUAAAAAUAUUUUGUUACCAGUUUUUUUUUCUACUGCUCAUUUAAGCCUUAGUCACAUGCAAUCAUGCAGGGGGGGUCGUGCAGGUAUUUGGGUUGUUUGGGCAUGUGCAGGGUCGUAGAGAGGAGCGGCUGCAUCUUAAGGGGAGCACAGGUGUGUCUUGCAGUGUCUUUCUGGGUCAUAUGACCACCUUAAUGGACAUCAUGAAAAUGGGACAUACCAUUAUCGUGCGUGUGGUAAGUGUGUCGUAAAGUAUUUGCAAGGAUAAUAGAAGUUGCAAGCACAUAUUAGCUGCAGGUCAUACGAUGUCCUUACGACACUCUAGUUGUUAGUAAGGUGUACGUAUUGGAUCCCUACUGACCGUGUGCAAAUGUGACAUGCACAGGGUGUACAUGAAAUAUGCAAGUCCCACUCAAAUUCGGAUUAUCAAACUUCUUAAACCCUAAAGCCACAUUCACACCGCCCUCAGCAACUCGUGUUCAAGUGGCCACUUGUAAUGAAAAGUCUAUGUAAACAGGAGCAGAUGCGCAUAACGUGAUUCCGCAUACAAAACUCUUGGGUUCAUGUGUAGCUGCACAAGUUUCUACAACCAUUUUCAGGCUUUACAUUUAAAAAAACGUGGUGCCAUUGAAUGCACGUUGCAAGUUACAUUAGGAUGAACUUUGACCAAUAAGAGAUUCAGACUUGGUAGUGAGGAAUAGAUGAUAUAUGAUAUCAAAUCUUUCAUAUAUUGGACAAGAGUUGUAAAAAAAAAAAAAAAGCCUGGAGCAAGAUUCGUCAAAUUGGCACCACUUGACAUUUGGCACCAAACCUCUUCCAACCGUAGGUGGCAGACCUGUGGUAGUAAACAGCAGAAAAAAGAAGAAGAAAAAGAAGCCCCUCCCAGAUUAUUCAGGGUAAACGCCAUGGGCUAAAUGUUAAUAAAGUGAAAAAUCCAUAAGAAAGAUUUCCAACUCCUUAGCUACAUCCUUACUUACCCUUAUGCGUUGUAGAAAUGUUUGCUACGACAUGUCGCCCGCAGCAUGCCCGUAGAUAACAAGUGUGCAUGAACAUUUCCUCUCUACGGGUUAACAGAGCAGUCUACAAUCUUUUGUGCAGGCCACCUGCGUACCCUGUACAGGUUUGCCUCAAGAGCAGUUGUGACUAAGGCUUUAGAUUUGAGGGGAUACAAAUUUGAAGCUUUGCGUUCUGAAUGUGUGGCAAAGCACUAGAUUGAGGAGCACAAGCCACAAUGCUGAUGAAAAUGUUGCCAAGCACCAACUAUCCUUUUAGUUAAAGGCCACUUUAAGAGUGAUGUUUACAGUGGACACAGGGACUGUAUGAUUUGUUUAAUACCAACAUGUUUAGGUAAAGUGAACCACAAGUCUGUCUUUGUCUGCAGAAGUCACAGCACGAGCUGGUUUGUUCCAGUUUAUCUCAAAUGUACUGCUAAUUGUUCUUGCUCCUUCGCUUUGUUUACAGCAAAAAGAUCAAUGAUCGAUCCAGAGUUAGAAGCUGCUUUUUCUCUUAUUGACUUUUCUUUUCACUUGGUUAAAAACCCUGUGUCCUCUUGAAUGGGGAGUACACCUUACUAAUGUGAUCACCAGUACCUGCAAACGCGUACUGUACACGGUCGCUGUUUGUUACCAUGAGCUUCUUGAUGUUCUUCAUGUCGGUGAGGGACUAACAGGCUUGUCUGCUGACGGUUGUGAUGGCGUUAUGUGUUGAAAUGCUACAGUGAUGGAAGACCGAUGAAUGUGAAUGAUUGUGGAUGAUACAAAUAAAAAAAAGUGGUAUAUAUGGUGA